AUGGCGUCUUAUAAACGUCUACGCUGUUUGGAUGCCUUGCUGCCGGGCAUCGGUACAACUUCUUUACCACAAGCCAUUGCUUCCGACACUAUUGCUUGGAUUCUAAAGUUGCGUUGUCCGGGCUGCUAG